AUAUAUAAACCCUAAAAUUUGAUGACCCCAUAAACCCUACCCCCCUCCUCUUCCCCAAUUUGAUAUUGAUUCCCAAUUGUUGAAACUAAGAGCAAUGGCCAUGGAAGACGAAGCAGCGGAGAAGAACGUGAUGUGUCUUCUGACGGACCCAGAAGAUACUCCUUUAGGAAAGUCUUUGUAUCUUCCUCAACACACUGGCACCCAGCAACUUCAACAAAUCGUCAACCAGCUUCUCAACAAUGAGGAUAAGGUGCCUUAUACUUUCUAUAUAGCAGAUAAGGAACUUAAUCAGUCGCUUGGCGAAUAUGCGGAGAAGAAUAAAAUUUCUGUGGAGAAGGUACUCAAAAUCGUUUAUCAACCACAAGCUAUUUUCCGAAUUCGUCCUGUCAAUCGUUGCUCGGCCACAAUUGCUGGUCACUCAGAAGCUGUACUUUCAGUUGCUUUUAGUCCUGAUGGUCGACAGUUGGCGAGUGGUUCUGGUGAUACCACUGUCCGACUAUGGGACCUUAAUACUCAGACACCUUUGCACACGUGUUCAGGACAUAAGAAUUGGGUUCUUUGUAUUGCAUGGUCUGCUGAUGGCAAGUAUCUUGUUAGUGGGAGCAAGUCUGGAGAACUUCAAUGUUGGGAUCCACAGACAGGAAAACCAGCAGGCAAUCCACUUACUGGCCACAAGAAAUGGAUUACUGGAAUCUCUUGGGAACCAGUCCACCUUAGUGCUCCAUGUAGACGCUUUGUAAGUGCUGGGAAAGAUGGUGAUGCACGCAUAUGGGACAUCACGUUGAAGAAAUGUGUUAUAUGUCUUAGUGGCCACACACUUGCAAUAACUUGUGUAAAAUGGGGUGGAGAUGGUUUUAUAUAUACAGGUUCCCAAGAUUGUACAAUUAAGGUCUGGGAGACUACACAGGGGAAGCUGAUUCGUGAGCUAAAGGGUCAUGGGCACUGGGUUAACUCUCUUGCAUUGAGUACUGAAUAUGUUCUUCGCACUGGAGCUUAUGAUCACACUGGCAAGCAAUAUUCAUCUCCUGAGGAAAUGAAAAAGGUAGCUUUGGAAAGGUAUAACAAAAUGAAAGGUAAAGCUCCUGAACGAUUGGUUUCCGGAUCUGAUGACUUUACUAUGUUUCUAUGGGAGCCUUUUGUCAGCAAACAACCCAAAGCUCGCAUGACAGGUCAUCAACAGCUUGUAAACCAUGUCUGCUUUUCACCUGAUGGGCAAUGGAUAGCAAGCGCCUCAUUUGAUAGGUCUGUCAGGAUAUGGAAUGGUACUACUGGGAAGUUUUUUGGAGUUCUCCGGGGCCAUGUUGGUGCUGUUUACCAGAUCAGCUGGGCCGCAGACAGCAGGCUACUUUUAAGUGCUAGCAAAGAUUCAACUCUGAAGGUUUGGGAUAUCAAGACUAUGAAAUUAAAACAAGACCUUCCAGGUCAUGCAGAUGAGGUUUAUGCUGUUGAUUGGAGUCCAAUUGGUGAAAAGGUUGCUUCUGGUGGUAAGGAUAGAGUUUUGAAGUUAUGGAUGGGCUAAUGGCAAUAGACAAAAGUACAGGCAACAAGGCUUUAAAUUGUCAUGUGGUGAAUUUAGCAUUGAACUUCUUGAUGCUGCAAUAUGAAUACAAGUAAGCGUCGACGGGAAGACACCUAAAUAGAUAAACAAGACUUGGGAACUUGAGAAUCAGUCACAGGCUCGGUUGACAGGGAAGCUCCUAAAUCGUUGAAGUUUAUAUAUAUUGGGGUUAAGCGUUCUGCAAGCUGGCAUUCUGAGAGGAAGAGCAAGGCAGCGAUUUACCAGUUUGGUUGUUAUGUUUUUUAUUUUUUCCUUGAUGAAUUAAGUUGGUAUUUGUAGAUUCGACUUUUGUGAACUUCCUGAUUUAUUGUCAUUUAAACGGUGCUUAGCAUUAGAUGUCUAUUGUACACUGGAGCUCUGGACAAAUCAAUUAACAAUUAAAACCGGUCGUGGUGUGUUACAAGGG